AUGAUACCUCAUUCUUCUGCCGGCGUCCAACCGUGGGCAAACCCCAUGCGCGCCCUCAAUAGCGGUUCUGGACGUGUUGAUGCUUCUCAGGUGUUGGGUCCGUCCGACCCCCAGUUAGAGAAGCUACCAGUGCCCGUCUCGCAGUCGCAACCCAGACAGCCGGCAGUGAUCGAUCUUACAACUAGCAGUGGGGAAGCGCGAGAUAGGGAACACCCCGCAAAGAGACUCCGGCUGGAUUUGCCUGCGUCGUCAUCCGCUGGAGAUGGAAGCCCCGCAUCUGGGAGUGGCGGAGAGCCUAGAAGUACCCCCGGGGCUUCGAGCUCAAAGCCACCAUUUUUGGGUUGGCGUGGUCGACCCUUGUGGUCCUUCCAGGCCUUGGUAUCGGAAGCUCCCGCCCCUACGGAGACAAAAGAGGAUGAUGGGACAGAUGUCGCGCAAGGUGGAAAGACAUCCCCGCCCCCUCUUCCGACUCUUCCAUGGAAGUAUGGUCCUCCGCAAUUGCUGGGAAGAAAGGCUGCAAAAUCGCGGGAUAGCUCUCCCUCGAAGGCAGUACAGACAACUCCUUAUCGUAUUGAAGUCCCUUCCGUGGCGCCAAUUAUCAAGGGCGACAGUGAGUAUCUAAUGGUUUUUGACAUUGGCGCGCAUGCAUCUAACCAGAUAGCAGAAGUUGCCGAUUUCUCCCCAUGGUCUGGAAACCACCCAGAGGAUGUUCUUAACGAACAAACGGCGAAGCAAGGGCAUUACGAUCGCACCCAGGUAUCUCAGAACGAGUCGAAUACGGCGCGCCCAUCCGUAUAUGCACAGUUAAAGCAUCGCUCUGGCCUGCAGCUGCUCUCUUCUGUAUUCUCGGCAGCCCUCGAGAAAAGACAAAAUCAUACUCUGGUCACUGCUCCGUCGACAUUUAAACCACCUCCUCGUGUCACUCUGACAGACAAUAAACGUGAGGCCUGGCUUCGUGAUCUUGCCAACCCGUCAGUUCCACUGCGCAAGUUGAGUCGAACGAUUCCUCACGGGAUCAGGGGCAAGGCGCUUCUAGACCAAUGCUUGAGUAAAUGGAUCCCGGUUAGUCGUGCAGUCUGGCUUGCAAAGUGUGUGGGGGCCAACGAAAUCCGCGCUUUCAAAAGGAAGGGAACCAGCGGCGCAAUCGCCGUAGGCUUGGAAGCUAAAUGGGUGCGGGACUGGACCUCAACUGUUCAGCAAUUCCUUGAAGGUGUAAUAAGCAUUUGUGGAUCCUCCGAGUGGAAGUUGAAGAUGACCUAUGCAGUUAGCUUGACUGCUCGAUUGUUCUUUGAGCGGUUACUUGACCACGACCAGUAUCUUGGGUGGUUUUUAUCAUCUUUGGAAGCGUCAUCAACUAAGACAGUUCCUGUCUGGCUCCUCAUGCUGGGCAUCUAUUGGGACAACAUCAUGUGUUACAGGAAGCGUGGACGGCGGCUUGCCGAAGCAUUGCUCGAAAAACUGUGCCAUAUAAAUAAUCCAGAGCAAGUCGCUCCUUUCCGACCGCUUGUAGAUCGAUUAUCACUUUAUAUUCGGAGGCUUGUUCUGGAGCAUACUUCGUCUGUUAUCCUUCCGAGAUCAUGGGACAAGUACAAGGAUCUCAUCUCGUCAUGCUUAAAUAUGAAGGAUAACGUACAUCGAGCAAUAUUUCAGAACCUUGUGGAGCGGAAUUUAAGGGUCCAAACCCCCAAAGGCCAUAAAGAGGCGGUACACCGUUCCCCACAGCAACGUGCCAUCCACCUGUUUGAUUCCAUCCGCUCCGCAAAUGAUAUCUCUUCCGCCUCUUGCGAAUGCUUAAAGACGAUCGAAGACAAAACUGUUCUAGUUUACAAGCUCCUGGAGUGGACUGCUACUCCAUGCCGUUACGGCAUUUGCCGUGUAUAUACUGGCGUUCGCCUUCUGCGAAAGUGGAAAAUGUCUGGAAUCGAUAUCGACUCAUACAUCCUUGCGUUUCUUGCUGGGGUUCGAGCGACUACUCCACUAAAGAUGGACAACAUAUAUCACAUCAUUUCUGAGCUUGUUAGGUCUCAGACAUUCUCGGUUGGGAGAUACCUGCAGUGGUUGAUGGCACGGGGCGUUACAAGCGAUGUCCACCCGGAUACGCAUGAGGUGAUACCGGAUGACCUUUAUUUGUUGAAACAACUUCCAACGACUCGACUGCCAGAGCACCUACGAAACCUUCGCAACACUCUCCUCCACCGUGCCGGCAUCUCAGUGGCGGACGAGGAGACUACUAUCAUGGAGCUGAAAGCCUCCGUUGCUCAGCGGCUUCCCAAUAUUUUUGGAGCUGAGCUGACAGAUAUGAUAAUGGAUAGAACCCAACGACAAGACUUGACUUGGGCAGUCAAGUCAGAAAUUGGCCAGUGGAUUCGACGAGGGGUUGCGGCACAUAGUCGUGACCCACCCAGGAAAAACGGUGCUUGUUCUUUUCUCGCUGGGUCCAAUGUUUCAGCCCUCACCCCUGUUGAGUUUUACAGCGUACGAGAUAUACUGGAGAGCUUCGGGGAUCUGUCUAUCCUUGCAGAUGUUCUCAAACAAGCUACAAACUGCGAAGAUAAUGUUGUUCUUGCAUCUGUUGCUGACACCGUUAAUUAUCACUUUGAUUCCUUCUGCGUUAUCGGUGCGACAACUGACCUGUUCCGGGGACUCGUUGAUUCAUACUCUCGUAUUAAAAGACUAGGCAUGCCAAGUCUGGAUUUGGUCUUUUCCCUCAUUGAGCUUGGACUUCGACUGCCCGACGAACUCAACACGGUUGCUCUCCUCCGCCAGGAUCUUUCUCGUAUCGAUAGCAAAUCUGCUUUGGCGGCGCCUUCUCCACUCUCAGAUAUCAUUCCGUUAAGCUUCAGUGAAGUCGAUCGCUCGUACCAGGAGAAAUUGGACCAAAUACUGUCCUCUGGAAAUGGCAUAGAUGAGCCAACGAUGGAUACGUUUUUUAAUUCACUUACGAAGGCCCUAGCGGAUACCAAAGACGAGGAUAAGUUGUCCGCAAAUGAGACUUGUAGGUACCUGGCAUACCUGAGGCCUUUCCAUCCCAAGCAUUUCGAUUCUAUGUUAGUUCGCUGGAUCUGCGGGCUAUUCAAAUCCUCGCCACCGGGUAUCAUGACCCGCAUCCUUCCUCCCCUUAUUGGGGUGGGAUGUGUUACAAUCCAUGCGUUUUUGCUCCUUGUAAAAAGGCUUUUGCAGUCCGAACGGGUGGCUUCAGUUGCCCCAAAAUUGGGUGAUCUACGAAUGGACCUCCUGGAGCUCCUUAUUCCACCGGAACCUGAGCGUGGCCGGUAUUUCGACUUGGUUACCUAUCGGUUUUACCUUGUGCAACAAGAGUUUCGUGUUAAACACCCACAGGAGACCCUGGAUAUUAUUCAGGAUGCUGUGGUCUUGAUUGAUGCACGACAUGAAGAAACCGGAUUUGACUCUAAAAGGACGAACCUCGCACGCCGUGCGAUAGGUUUGCUGCACAUUAUGCUUACACAGGAUCCCCAGAUGGUCGCUCAACAUUGCCUGGAAAAGUUCACUGGGCAACAGGCUACAACCACAAUUCUACAAAAGGCGAUUGGUAUGCUCCUGGAGUCUGACGCUCGGUCCGGUCCACAAUGUAUAUCCGAGGCUGAAAGAGUCAUUCAUAUGACGGAUGACUUUUCACUGCCCUUCUGCCAAUUGAAACUCCAAAUGCUCUUCAACGCCGAAUCGGGGGAAGAUGUUAAGGACGGCAUUGUAGACGUGAUGUUUAAUGCUGCGGUGAAUGAAUCUCGCUCGAAAGGCACUAACUGGGCUGGACUUGUGGAUCUGAUGAGCCAAGAUGCCAUACGCCAGAUCCGAGAACGAGCAGAGAAGGAGUUCCUGUCCAUUCCCUUAUUCGAGGAGUCACCUGACAAUGAUGUGCUUGGGGCCGGCACAGGGUCUCUUGAAACCGCAAAACUGUACCUUGCAAUUAUUGAGAAGUUGGCGUACAGCAUUCCUGAGGCUGGUGUGCCAUCCAUUGCCCCAAUUCUCGUGGACAAGAUGGAUGUUCUUCUCCACAAACUUGUCACGGUGCAAACCAAUUUCAAUAGUGUGGCAACAAAUAGUGGCGGGUCCCCCGCCGAUAACUUAGCCCAGUUCCGCUUGGAUUUUGAAAGAGCUCUGGCAUUCUGGUUCUCUGCGCUGCUCAAGAUGGUUGUCAUGCAUCGAGCAGCCUUUAACGCGUCGUCUCCUGCGCCAAGGCACAACGGUAUCCAAGAGCAAUCUCGUCUCCUAGUCUCUAUUUUCAGCAUCUCCCUUGCGCGCCUCCCGGACAACGUAUUACGGCUCUUUCCGGUGGCCGACUAUUUUCCUCGCCGCGUUCCCUCCGAAGGCUACCAGCCUUGCCCCGGAAUCCUGCUGCAAACCCAUGCUCUGGAUGUCGCGGCCUCCCUCAUUGACAUCUUCUCAGACGAGUCUCGGCAUCAGUGUGCACGUUUCCUUAAGGAGAGAUGCCCUCCUUUCACUCAGCAUCAAAAUGAUCCGCGGUUUCUGUAUCUCCUCGGUCCAACGACUGAUUUACCCGCACCAAAUACCGCUCAACCGGUUUCUCUCCCUUCGCCAGCAGCCGGUGGCUCGACUCCUGCCCCGACUCCUUCCGGAUCGCUGCCAGGCGGACCAGCUGCUCAGCAGCCGGUAGUACCAGCUCCCACGGGGGUGGCCAAUGGCCCUUCAGAAGGCGUCAAUUGUGUUGCUAGUCAACUUCGACUGCAAUUCCGUGGCCGGGUCAUGGGCCCCUACCCGGUCCGGCCUUGGGAACUCCUGGAGGAUGCUGCACCGAUUGUUGGUAUCAACGAUACUGCAGUGAAUCUGAAAUAUUUUGACGCUCGACGCGUCCGAGCGUAG